AUGCUCUUCUCCCACAUCCCGGAACCCAACGACUACGCUUUCAACGUCAUGAUCCGUGGCCUUACCACCACAUGGCAUAAAUACCAACUUACUCUUGAAUUCUAUUACCAAAUGAAGUCUUUGUGUCUGAUGCCCAAUAAUUUUACGUACCCUUUUGUGUUCAUUGCGUGCGCGAAUUUGGUUGAGUUGAAUCAUGGGCGUGCAGCCCAUUCGUCGGUGUUUAAGACUGGAUUGGAUAAGGAUGGACAUGUGACUCACUCUUUGAUUACCAUGUAUGCUAGGUGUGGUAAAUUGGGUUUUGCACGGAAGGUGUUUGAUGAAAUUUGUCAAAGGGACUUGGUUUCAUGGAAUUCGAUGAUUUCCGGGUAUUCCAAAAUGGGGUAUGCGGGUGAUGCUGUGCGGUUGUUUCAGGAAAUGAGGGAUGAGGGGUUUGAGCCUGAUGAAAUGAGCUUGGUGAGCAUUCUUGGAGCGUGCGGGGACCUGGGUGAUUUGAGUUUGGGGAGGUGGGUGGAGAGUUUUGUUGUUGAGAAUAAGUUGGAGCUAAAUUCAUAUGUUGGGUCUGCGUUAAUUGGUAUGUAUGGAAAGUGUGGUGAUUUGUCCUCGGCGAGGAGGGUCUUUGAUAGUAUGAAGAAAAAGGAUCGAGUCACCUGGAAUGCCAUGAUAACAGGGCAAUUGACUCUCGAGCCUGGUCAAUAUUCCCCUUACAGCAACUGGUAUGCUCAAAAUGGAAUGUCCGAUGAAGCAAUGGUGCUUUUUGAUGACAUGAAAGAGAGAGGUGUUAAUCCUGACAAAAUUACUUUGGUUGGAAUGUUGUCUGCAUGUGCCUCGAUCGGUGCCCUAGAUUUGGGGAGAUGGAUUGACAUAUAUGCAUCCGAAAGGGGCAUACAACAGGACAUUUAUGUCGGCACUGCAUUAAUUGACAUGUAUGCGAAGUGUGGGAGUUUAGCCAAUGCACUAAGAGUUUUUGAAGAUAUGCCCCAGAAAAAUGAGGUCUCAUGGAAUACCAUGAUAUCUGCCCUUGCUUUCCAUGGGAGAGCACAUGAAGCAAUAUCCCUAUUCAAGAGCAUGACAGAAGGUGCUGGGGCUACUCGGCCAAAUGACAUCACAUUUGUGGGAGUGCUUUCUGCAUGUGUACAUGUUGGAUUAGUGGAUGAGGGCCGUCAAUUUUUUAAUUUGAUGAGCUCGUCAUUUGGGCUGGUCCCGAAAGUAGAGCAUUACUCUUGCCUGGUUGACCUUUUGUCACGUGCAGGACUUGUACAUGAAGCUUGGGACUUCAUUAAGAAAAUGCCUGAAAAACCAGAUGAAGUUGUACUGGGGGCAUUGCUUGGUGCCUGUAAGAAAUGUAAAAAUGUAGAUGUCACUAAGCAGGUAGUGCAGCUGCUUCUCGAAUUAGAGCCUUCAAACUCAGGAAACUAUGUUAUCUCAUCAAAGAUAUACGCAAAUUUAAAAAUGUGGGAUGAGUCAGCAAAGAUGAGAGUGUUGAUGAAACAGAGGGGUGUCAGCAAGACUCCUGGUUGUAGCUGGAUUGGGAAUGAGCAUCAACUUCAUGAGUUUCACUCGGGUGAUGGUUCAAUAGAAAUUCUUCAUUUACUUAAGUUAUUAUACGAGGAUCUGAAGAAUGAAGGUUACAUUCCAAACAUUAAUUCUGUCUAG